AUGACCACAGACCUCUUCAACAGUCAUGACCCGAAGAUGGUUUAUUCAUGCGACUUGGCCCUCACCGAUCAAGAGGAGCGGGAGCGGAUCCGCGAACUAUCAAGAUACUAUUGCACAGUCGCACAAUCAACACCUCCAACGGGGGAUUCUUUAACGGGGGAUGAACAGCCAGCAACUUCCGAAUUAGCCAAAGACAUAACCCUCACCGCCCUAGCCCAGCUAGGCGUCCUCCGCUUCAACGCCAACCGUUCCUUCGUGUCUAUCAUCGACGGCGACACUCAACAUAUCAUCGCCGAGGCCACUGGAUCGAUCUCCCUUCGGAACAAGGAACGCCAUGCACCGGGAAAUGGGAUUUAUCUUGGAGCGCGAUCGCUGGACCUACAGUGGGGUGUGUGCCCGCACACCAUACGCCUAUUUACAGGUCGCGAACCACUCGCAAUUGAAUCGGGCAACGUAACAGCCAAUCGAUCCCGCUACAUUAUCCGUGAUUUCACCCGCGAGGAUUGUUUCAAGGAUCGACCAUACGUGAAGGAAUGGCCGCAUAUGCGGUUCUACGCCGAGGUCCCGCUGUUCAGCUCAUCGGGAUAUGUCUUGGGUUCAUACUGCAUUGUCGAUGACAAACCACGCACUGAAUUCGGCGACGAACAGGUCAACGAUCUCCAAGAAGUGGCGGAUGCUAUUGGUGUGCAUUUGGAAAAUAUGCGCAUGAGCCAGACGCAUCUUCGGGCGGAGCGCUUGGUCAAGGGAUUGACCAAUUUCGCCAAGGAACAUGCAGGAUUCGAUCCUUCGGAGGCCUCAAACGGCGGUCGCAUUCAGUCGAGUGUCAGUGCUGCGCACUUGGCGCGCAGCGAACUCCCCGAGACCCCGGUCGGUCCUGUUCCGCCUAUCCCGGUUCUUAUGGAUCCCAUAACCAAACCUACGGAGGCUGAAAGUCCGGAUUCGGGACAGUCAUCCCUGUCAACUAUCACUGGCGAUGAAUCUGGGUUUUUCCUCCAGGAUCAAAAGUCUUCAACCGACCCUUCAUCCCUUUAUUCGGUCUCGGAUCGCCCAGUGGUGCUCAGCCCAGGAGAAGAAAAGUCUCUUGGGGAUACCAUGAAGGUGGUGGAUACGGGCGCUUUGAAUAUCGACAAAGGUUUCUCACAGCUUUCAAUCGAUGAGAGAAAACCCACAGCUGAGCGAAUUGCAACAAUUUAUUCUCGUGCGAGUGAGCUACUGCGAGAUUCCAUGGACCUGGAUGGCGUUACGCUGCUUGACGCUUGUCCAACCAACUUUUCUUUUGUACCCAAUGAAUUAGAGAGUUGGGAACCAUCAACGAAGCCUGCAGUACCCGGAUUCCCAACCAUGCCACUACCUAGCCCUCUUGGCUUGCCCCGGGUCAUAUCGCACGAGUUCAACCACCCCAGUGAUAUCUUAAGUUGUGCUUUGAAAUCACCGCCAAAUUCUAACACAUCCAGCGGUCUACCAGUCAUCACGAAGGGCCUUCUGCACCAGCUGAUACGGACUUGUCCUCAGGGCCAGGUUUUUACCCUGGAAGAUCCAGUUGAAGAGGAUUAUCAUACGCAUGGUUCUGCCGAUGGUCUCGAUUCUACGUCUGAUAUCACAGAUAUUCCCGCCAUUUCUAAUCGCCUGGCGCGACAUCUGCCCGGUGCGAAAUCCGCCAUAUUUCUACCUUUGUGGGACUGGAACAAAUCUCGUUGGCUUUCCGGUGUGAUUGCAUGGACCAAAAGCAGUUACAGAGCACUGGGUCUAGAGGAGCUACAUUAUUUCAACGUCUUUGGAGAUUCCAUAAUCUCUGAGAUCUCCCGCAUCCACUGGGCAAGUGACGAGCGAUCCAAGUUUGACUUCAUCUCGUCUGUCAGCCACGAGCUUCGCUCUCCGUUGCACGGAAUUUUGGCUAGUGCGGAAUUGCUCAAUGCCACUUCCCUUGAUGUGGUGCAGAAUGAGAUGGUUGAUAUGAUUGAGAGGUCUGGAUUGACUUUGCUCGAUACGACGAACCAUAUUUUGGAUUUCUGUAAGGUCAGCAACCUCCGACAUUCCAAGGUAUUAACCGUGGGAGCCUUGAACGAUACUGCCAAUCUUGUCUCCGAUUUCGAUGUCAGUCACUUGGUGGAAGAGGUGACAAACAUAUUGUAUGCCGGUCAUCGAGCGCCGGGACAACUUACACAGGGUCCUCGAAAGAUGUCAUCCGACUCGGUCGCAAUCGAUCCAAACGGACAAUCUAUUCCCACCCCACAAAUGUCCGUCGUUGUACGAAUUGAUGAAUCUGAUACCUGGAAGAUACGGUCGCUAGCAGGCGCCUGGAGAAGAAUAGUUAUGAAUCUUCUGGGAAACGCAAUGAAAUGGACCACAGCUGGAUUCAUCGAGAUAUCGCUAUCAAAGACCAAGAAUCAGUCUGACGGUCAGUCGCUCGUACACUUGUCCAUCACCGAUACUGGCAAGGGAAUCGCGGCCGAUUUCCUUAAACAUAAACUGUUUGCCCCAUUUUCACAGGAAGACCCUCUUUCCGAGGGUGUAGGGCUGGGUUUGAGCACUGUUCAUCAGCUAGUGACAUCACUUGGAGGUCAUGUCAAUGUCCGCAGCGAGAUAGGCAUUGGGACCCAGGCAGAUGUCUACCUACCCGUUCAAUAUCUGCCCGCUGAUAUCGAUACAACAAUUCCUUCUGCCCCGAAAGCCACCAAUGACGAUUCUGGUUCCAUUCAUGCGUGCCUGGUUGGCUUUAACGGCUACCCCGACCUCACCGAAACACCAACUGGAAUCCUGACUGUCGAGGGGAAACGACAGCUCUGCAUACAAAGCACACUCGCUAGUAUUUUCAUGUCAAAUCCUAACUGGAAGAUUUCUCUUGCGGAUUGCAUCGAGGAAGCCCAUGGUCAAGUCGUUGUUAUCGAGGAAGAUUUAUUGCGUCGUGCAAUGCGCGAGAAACAAAAAGAUGUUGCGGAGAUGGCGGCUCAAUAUGGAUUUGAUUUUCUCGUUGUACUUUAUGGCAAUGCUCCCAUUGAUCCGGACCCUUCUUCGGUCCAUUUUGUUCGUGUUGUUCAGCCAUUUGGACCACAAAAGAUCUACAAUGCCCUAGAGCAGAUGAUGAAGCGGCGCGAUGAGAGCUUGCCAGCCGCUCCCCUCGAAUCACUUGGUGUGAUUGAGCCAUCAGUUUCUGAAUCCCCGAACAUUGAUCUCUCGGCAACUGCCUCCUCGAAUGCCGAGGAUCAAAUGAAACAUGAACCUUCAAUCGAGACAAAGAGUUCCCCCGGUGACUCAAAUACGUCCACACCCCGCACAACACCCUGCCCACCCCGCAAGCAAUCCUCGGCCCAUGUUCUCGUCGUGGAUGAUAAUGACAUCAAUCUCAAGAUAAUGGCCACAUUCAUGAAAAAAAUCAAUUGCAGCUACGACACAGCCAGCAACGGUCUAAUCGCACUCGAAAAAUACAAAGCCUCCUCCACACAAUACGACUUCGUCCUUAUGGACAUCUCAAUGCCAGUAAUGGACGGUCUCGUUUCAACAGGCAAGAUCCGUGAACACGAGCGUCAAGUUGGCCUCAAACCAGCUUGCAUCAUGGCUGUUACUGGCGUUUCCUCUGCCGGCUUCCAGGAUCAAGCUUAUAUCGCCGGUAUUGACAAUUACCUCAUUAAACCCCUUUCCUUGAACGACCUCAAGAGUCGGAUGAAUCUUGCAUGA